AUGGAGAAGAGCUCCAGCUGCGAGAGCCUCGCCUCCCAGCGGGCACCGUCGGCCACUCGCCAGCCCAGCAUCGAUUCUCUCUCCAGUGCUUCUACCUCUCAUUCAGAUCAUUCUGCACAUACAAAAUCUGCUUCGGUCGUCUCAUCGGAUUCCAUCUCCACCUCUACGGAAAACUUUUCUCCAGAUUUAAGAGUCCUCAGGGAAUCUAAUAAGUUGGCUGAAAUGGAGGAGCCGCCCUUGCUACCUGGAGAAACCAUUAAGGACAUGGCAAAAGAUGUUACUCACAUCUGCCCAUUUACGGGAGCUAUUAGGGGAACCUUGACAGUCACGAAUUACAGACUAUAUUUUAAAAGUAUGGAAAGGGACCCCCCUUUUGUUCUAGAUGGUCCUCUAGGCGUGAUCAACAGAGUAGAGAAAAUCGGAGGAGCUUCUAGCCGAGGCGAAAAUUCAUAUGGCCUGGAGAUUGUGUGUAAGGAUGUCCGGAACCUACGCUUUGCACAUAGGCCUGAGGGUCGUACAAGAAGGUCCAUCUUUGAGAACUUAACAAAAUACGCAUUUCCAGUGUCAAAUCAUUUGUCUCUGUUUGCAUUUGAAUACAAAGAGGUUUUCCCGGAAAAUGGCUGGAAGGUUUACGAUGCUGUUUUGGAGUAUAGGAGACAGGGGAUUCCUAAUGAAAGCUGGAGAAUGACCAAGGUCAAUGAACAGUAUGAACUUUGCGAUACCUAUCCUGCCCUCCUGGUAGUUCCCGCCAAUAUUCCGGAUGAAGAAUUGAAGAGAGCAGCUGCAUUCCGAUCAAGGGGGCGUCUGCCUGUUUUGUCAUGGAUUCACCCAGAAAGCCAAGCUACAAUCACUCGCUGCAGCCAGCCAAUGGUUGGCGUGAGUGGCAAACGGAGCAAAGAAGACGAGAAGUACUUGCAGUCCAUCAUGGAUUCCAAUGCCCAGUCCCACAAAAUAUUCAUCUUUGAUGCCAGGCCGAGUGUGAACGCUGUAGCCAACAAGGCUAAAGGUGGAGGUUAUGAAAGUGAAGACGCUUAUCAAAAUGCUGAAUUGGUCUUUCUGGACAUCCAUAAUAUCCAUGUUAUGAGAGAGUCAUUGAGGAAACUAAAGGAAAUUGUCUAUCCCAACAUAGAAGAGACUCACUGGCUGUCGAAUUUGGAAUCCACUCACUGGCUAGAGCAUAUCAAGCUGAUCCUCGCUGGAGCUCUUCGCAUUGCUGACAAAGUGGAAUCGGGGAAAACCUCGGUGGUUGUGCAUUGCAGUGACGGUUGGGACCGAACCGCCCAGCUCACCUCGCUUGCCAUGCUCAUGCUAGACGGCUACUACCGAACAAUACGGGGCUUUGAAGUGCUGGUGGAGAAGGAAUGGCUGAGUUUCGGGCACCGGUUCCAGCUGAGAGUCGGCCAUGGAGAUAAAAAUCACGCGGAUGCAGACAGAUCUCCUGUUUUUCUCCAAUUUGUUGACUGUGUCUGGCAGAUGACAAGACAGUUUCCCACAGCCUUUGAAUUCAACGAGUGCUUUCUGAUCACCGUCCUGGACCACCUCUACAGCUGUUUGUUUGGGACAUUCCUCUGUAACAGCGAGCAGCAGAGGGGGAAAGAGGGCCUUCCCAAAAAGUCUGUGUCGCUGUGGUCCUACAUCAACAGCCAGCUGGAAGACUUCACCAACCCGCUGUAUGCCAGCUACACCAACCACGUGUUGUAUCCCGUGGCGAGCAUGCGCCAUCUAGAGCUUUGGGUCGGGUACUACAUCCGGUGGAAUCCACGGAUGAAACCGCAGGAGCCGGUGCACAACCGCUAUAAGGAACUCCUGGCGAAACGGGCGGAGCUGCAGAAGAAAGUGGACGAGCUUCAGCGGCAGAUCGCCAACCGCUCCACGUCAUCCUCCGAGAGGGCCGGAUCUCCCGCUCCGUGCGUCGCCCCGGUCCAGACCGUUGUAUAGCGCGGCGCAGACUCUUCCAACAGCCUCCCUCCGGGACCACGUCGCCAGGCUGCCUUUCUAGAAAAAGAGGCUUCAAAGGGAUCGCUCUGAACUUUAGGCAGCAGGGAUCCUGGGGCCUUAGACAUUCUAUUUAUUAUGCUCCAUCCCUCCAGGGGGUAUGUUAUUAGGGUUGUAACACUACAGGAAGCAAACACUUUUCCCCCCCUUAAA